AUGUGCCGUCAUCUUGUCCUGCGUUGACCUCGUCCACCUUCAAGAUCCAGCGAUUACUUCGUCUAUCCUAGAGGAACUAGAGUGAAUAUCGCGUCAAAAGCUAUCUGGGAGUCAAUGAUAUUUCCCAAACGAGAAUUUAUUGAAGAGAGAGAAUUCAACACUGAACAGCACCACUCUCCCAUCAAUAAAAAUGGUGAAGCGUAGUUGGUGGGGUUUUAGCUAGCGUCUGUCCGUCUGUGCACCGAAUGAUUUCUCGAGUUGCCACGAAGGCUUACGGAGUGCGAGAUUCGUUCGCAGAUGAGGACGAUUGUGGCGCCAGCUGGACAGAGAAAUUCAAGUUUUCACUGCCUUCAGGGAUUUCAAUGGAGAUAAACUUCUGCCUGCGACAUUCAUUUAUCACUACUCUUCUCUGAAAGUGAUGCCAAUGCAAACAAACUGAAUAACUCAACUGGAAUAAUCCCUGGAGAUGGCAGAGAAACCUGAUGAGGAGGUGGUGUCGACGCAGCGGCGUCUCCAAUCGUCCCACGAUCCGGGCUGGAACGACCCCCCCAAGUGGGCCUUCACCCCCAGUCCAGCCUCCACUGGAACCCCAACAAAGAGAUUGUUAAACAAAAGAGUGGCUUUCCCAUUGUCUUCAGCCCCAGCAUCUCCAGGUAAUCCAGUUGCUGCGGGGCAACAGUUGCCUCCUGGUAAUUUACCACCCCCUCCAGCGCAAUUGACGAGCUUAACAUCUGCACCUCAUGCACCUCUACUAGCUCCCACGGCUGUCCCAAACACCUCUGAUAUCGCUCCCUCAAUUGCCGAUAAAGAGGAGGCGUUGCACAAGACAUUAGAGAAUAUACAAACUGUGAUAGAUGGUGAGUUGGACAGGAGCAGGGUGGAGGAGGUGCAGAAGAGGCUGGAGGUGAUGAGGAAUAUGUGGAGUGCAGGGAAACUCAAUGACACGAUUCAGGGGAUAUUGUUGAGGAUUUCUGAAGCACUGAGGGACAAGGACAUCGACGCAGCGGAUAAACUACACGUCUCUCUGAUGAUGGACCACACCAGCCUGUGCAACACCUGGAUAUCUGGCAUCAGACACCUCAUUCUGGAUUUGCGAGCGAAAAAUGCGGGGAGUGACAGCAAAUCUGAGAGUCACUCUCAGUCCGUUUUCCUAUUGAAUCCAACAGACUCCACGUUAACUUAAGAUUUGUACGGUUUAAGGACAAUAAAGAUAAAAAAUAUA